ACCCCCCAAUGAGGUUGGUGUUCCUCAUGAAUGUGGAAUGGGAGCUUCAAGUUCGUGUCAAAUUGUAUUAGGUGUAUGGUCUUUGGGAUUUUCAGGCCAUUGUCUGCCGGAUGAAGCUGGAAUUAGAAUUGGACCAAACAUGUAUACCCAAGGUGCUAUACAAUUGCACUGGACAAAUCCACUUCUUUCAAACAGUCUAGUUGACGGAUCAGGGAUAAAACUUUACUUUACACCUAACUUGCGACCAAAUGACGCUGGAAUUUUCAUCACCGGUCAGAACUAUCUGAACAUACCAUCGGGUCUUGAGAGCCAUCAAGAAGAAGGCGAAUGUCCAGCCGAUUGUACAAAUCAGCUGUUCACAGGAAAUAUUCAUGUGUUUUCAGCUUUGAACCAUAUGCAUUAUUUGGGCAGUGAAAUGAAAGUAGAACUACACAGGAACGGGACAAAGAUUGCAGAUAUAACAGAUGAUCCUUUAUAUGUUUAUGACUCUCCUCAACUUCACGAGUUAGUAUUUAAUAAUUAG